UUCUUCAGCCUCGUUCCCGGGUAGUAUAAAGAUUGCUGUCUCCUUUGUUCGCCCUCGUUGCGCAGCAGUCCUAGCGUCAUUUCUGUUCCGUUUCGAGACUCGGCAGCUGUCACUGGCGCUGCGCUGCUGGAAGGCUCCACUGGCGAGCUCGUUGGAGCUUGAAACGUCGCCGUCCCCUCGGCCUCCUAUCGGUUGGAAGGGAAAAUGGUUGAAGCAGAUCGCCCAGGAAAGCUCUUUAUUGGUGGGCUCAAUACAGAGACAAAUGAGAAAGCCCUUGAAGCAGUAUUUGGCAAAUAUGGACGGAUAGUGGAAGUGCUUUUGAUGAAGGACCGAGAAACCAACAAGUCAAGAGGAUUUGCUUUUGUCACCUUCGAAAGCCCAGCAGACGCAAAGGAUGCUGCCAGAGAUAUGAAUGGAAAGUCCUUAGAUGGAAAAGCCAUCAAGGUGGAGCAAGCCACCAAACCAUCAUUUGAAAGUAGUAGGCGUGGACUACCUCCACCUCCAAGAAGCAGAGGCCCUCCCAGAGGUCUUCGAGGAGGAAGAGGAGGAAGCGGAGGAACUAGAGGACCCCCCUCACGUGGAGGACACAUGGAUGAUGGUGGCUAUUCCAUGAAUUUUACCAUGAGUUCUUCGAGGGGACCUCUUCCAGUUAAAAGAGGACCACCACCACCACCACCACGAAGAGGGGCUCCUCCCCCUAAAAGAUCAGCACCUUCAGGGCCAGUUCGUAGCAGCAGUGGGCUGGGAGGAAGAGCCCCCGUGUCACGUGGAAGAGAUAGUUAUGGAGGCCCGCCACGAAGGGAGCCCCUUCCCUCUCGCAGAGAUGUUUAUUUGUCCCCAAGAGAUGAUGGAUAUUCCACUAAAGACAGCUAUUCAAGCAGAGACUAUCCAAGUUCUCGUGAUGUAAGAGAUUACGCACCACCACCAAGAGAUUAUACUUACCGUGAUUAUGGCCAUUCCAGUUCACGUGAUGACUACCCAUCCAGAGGCUAUAGUGAUAGAGAUGGAUAUGGCCGGGAUCGUGACUAUUCAGAUCAUCCAAGUGGAGGGUCCUACAGAGAUUCAUAUGAGAGUUAUGGUAACUCACGUAGUGCUCCACCUACACGAGGGCCCCCGCCAUCUUAUGGUGGAAGCAGUCGCUAUGAUGAUUACAGCAGCUCACGUGACGGAUAUGGUGGAAGUCGAGACAGUUACUCAAGCAGCCGAAGUGAUCUCUACUCAAGUGGUCGUGAUCGCGUUGGCAGACAAGAACGAGGGCUUCCCCCUUCUAUGGAAAGGGGCUACCCUCCUCCACGUGAUUCCUACAGCAGUUCAAGCCGCGGAGCACCAAGAGGUGGUGGCCGUGGAGGAAGCCGAUCUGAUAGAGGGGGAGGCAGAAGCAGAUACUAGGAACAAACAAAACUUUUGGACCAAAAGUCCCCAUUCAAGGAAACAAACAAAAAUGGAACCUUUCUGUCAUAAAGUACCCAAGGACUACUAAAAGGAAAAAUUGUGUUACCUUUUUAAAAUUUCCUGUUCCCCUUAAUAAUUUUUAUGUUCUUGUGAGGAAAAAAGUAAGACGUGUUUAAUUUUAUUUGAUAUUAUGAGUUGCUUUCAACAAGCAAUUGUUAAAUGUGUAAGCCUUGACUUGUACUAGUGUUGUGAUUUUUCAAGUUAACGUGUCCCUGACGGCCACUCCUGAUUUUUCUCACUAACCGAGAAAAGCAAUCCUAAGAUUUUCCACAAACCUAAGCCAUCUAGAUGGCCUUUGUUCUGCUGAGCGAUGAAUCGCCCUGCCUGCCUUUGCAGACAAGCUAACUGGUAGAGUGGGUUGGUUGGGUGUGCUCCUCUUAGGAUUUCAGGAUCUCAGGAUGUCUUCCAACUGAAAUCUCAAUGAUGACAGUAUAAAAAAAAAAAAAAAACCUGAGACCAGAUGCCUAAGAAUGUGCUACUUGCCCAGAAACCCCAAAAAGCAAAUGGAUGCUGGCCAUAUUUUGCUUUUCUGACAUUUCCUUGGGAAUCUACAAGAACCUCCCUUAUUCCCCUCCCCUAGUAAGACCAUUUAAGUGUGUGUUAAACAACUACAGAAUACUAAAUAAAACGUUUGGCCAAAACCAACCAUGAAGCUGCAGAACCGAUGCUUGCUCUUACUGUUUCAAAUUUUUGCAACUCUGUAGUGUCUCACUUUUAAAGGAACAGCUUGAUUGCAAAGGAGAAAAUAGAUAAGCAAUGAAGUUAUCUCCAACUUCCUAAAGGCUUAUGACUUCUAAAAAGUGAAUCUAUCCGCAUUCCACAUCAGAUUUAAAGCACCAAAUGCCUGUGAAACAGCAGAGAUGGUAAGCAAAGCAAACUAGUUUUUCCGUCUAAGUCGAAAUUGAACACUUCCCUUCCUCAUAGUACAGUGAACGGUACUGUACUUCAUGGCAAUGGAAAUGCCUUCUAGAUUAAAAAAACCUUUUGAGAAAAAAAACCCACAAAUGUUCAAUAGCAUACUAGAAGUCUUCCAAAUUCAACACUUGGAGUUUUAAAGCAUGUAUGAGACUUAAAGGCAUUAAUGCAGCUGUUGUUUAUCAAUAGCAAUCUGGGAAUUGGGAGGGGGUGAUUUUUUUUUCCACAAAUUUUUGAUGAAGACCUUUAAACAUGCUUCACGUUUUGACUUUUUUUCAAAUUAGGUUUUUAGUCAAUAUAAGAAAUGGCUUAGGAUUGGGGUCCCCCUCUCUGGCCCCUAUAAGCCAUUGCAAACUUGACCUUUAGUUGGAUGCCUGACUUGUUUUAGUUCUAUGAAACUACAGUGUAUGGAGAAAAAUCUUUUGCAAGUGGUCUUUAAAACAGAAACCUGAGGCAGCAUGACCCAGGUCCAGCCAUGAAGUUGAAAAAGAUGCUCUUGAAUGUAGUAAACUUGAAGACCUCCAACUAAAAAUCCUUAGACUGCACUUUAUUCCUUCAAAUGUUUUGUCAGUUCAACUUAUGGAUUUAACGUGGCAGUGCACCAUUGGAAAAGAAUGAGAAUCCAUAAGCCAUGCGACUUAACCAUUUAAGCCAUUCCAGUCCAUCCCAAGCCAGUGAACCUUCCACCAAUUAAGACAAGUAGUAGAACAUGAAAUGAUCCAUUAAGCUACAAGUCUGAACUUGCCUGUUCUCUCUGGGAUAAAAGGGGCAGCUAUAGGCAAGUGUUUAAAAUCUUCCUUUAGAGAAAUAACUAGCUUUCAUUUAUGUAAUUUUUGCAGGUUGAUCCCGAUGGUCAUACGUCACGGAGUGCUGAUUGGUUCACAGCAGAUUAAGCUGGCCGGAAGAAAAAGUCAAAUGUGCAGAGUUGUUGAAGCAGAGGAGAGCUGAGGCUAAGCUGCAGCAGUUACAUACCCAGUGCCCGUCAGAAUUGGUUUGGUACAGGCAAUAUAGGGUUUUCCUGUCCUCAAGGGAGGGAGGCAUCAGUGUUGGUUAGACCUUAGUUAGGGAGUGGUGAUUGCUUAAAACUGACCAAAUGAAGAGAGGGAGACAAAGAAAUUGGUAAGUGGAGGUACCUACCCAAGAAGUUCUCAUGGCUCUUUGUGUAGAUUCAAUAGUUUAGGCAAAGUAAUGGGGCAACUCUGAUGAUGAUCACUGACUGUAGGAAAAUUGAAUUAGCCCGGACUGUAUCUCCACGGUGGAGUGCUUUUUCUAAAUACCAGUGAAGCCUAGCGUUCAACCCCUAGAAUCACUCUCACAAAGGAAAAGAACACUCAGUCAGAAACCUAAUGCUUCAGUGAUAACUUUGUCCACUCAUGUCUGACUUUCAGAGAGUAAACCAUUUGGGGGAAUUAACUAUAUCAGGAAAAAUACUCACACUUGUCCUAGAAAACUUAGAAGGGGCGGAGCAGUGCCAGAAAAUGAAAGUAAAAACUUUUGAAACAUUGUUAGGAUCGUGGAAAGCAAUUGAAAACAAAUAUAAGUCACAAGGUCAUGAUAGUUUCCCCUUUACCCUCAGAUGUCAGUCUUGGAAACAAAUCAUGAUACAGCUCUAGUUCAUCACUUUGGGUUUGGGAACUAAGCGCUGGGAAUGCAAGUGUUGAUGUUCUCAAAGGAAGCAGGUUGAGUUAGUUGUAGGGUUAAAGGAAUGAAUUCAACUUCUGAGAUUUUUCUUAAGAGUCAUCUAGUGCUAGCUAUUAUGAUUAGGAAGAAUGAUCCAAAAUUUUAAAACCCCACUGGUCACAUUUCUCAUCAGAUGAGGUCACUGAGUGAAUUUCAGUAGUUGUACUUUGAAGAACAUCUCUUAAGCCUUUCAUAUUCGGACGAUUCCCUGAGUAGGCGCUUCUGUCAAGACCUUUUGGCUCUCGAGCAAGCAUUUUUUUCUUUUACAUUUUUUUUAGAGUUUCUUAAAGAUAGUUUAGUAUAGGGAAUACUACAGUUAAUAUAAAUGCUAAAUUCAAAGUAAGGAGUGGGUAGAAAUUAUCAAGAGAACUUUUUGACAAAUUAGAAUGUACAGACCCAAGGGCCUAAAGUCUAUAAUUUGAAAAAAAAAAAAGUCCUUGAUUCUUCUGGCUAUCCACUAGUCAUAAAGGAAUUUGAAUAGUACAGGAAGUGUGGUUUAUUUGGUAAUUGGAUGUAGAGCUUAGGUAUUAUAGAUCACUUUUUGAAAUGUUUUGUAUUGAACCCCAAUAAAACUUGAACAUGUA